AUGGGAUCGACUUUUUAUAUUCUACUGAAUAUAUAUUUACAAAUAUCUGUUUCAUAUUCCUCAGUCACUGAAGUCAAAGUUGGAGUUCUUUUGAUGACAAGUGCUCCGGAACCUUUCGAUUUGAGACGCAUUGGGCCGGCACUUGAUAUAGCAUUUGAGCAAUCAGAGGCUCGCUAUGGUAUAAAGUAUAAUGUUUUUGUACACAACUACACAGAGGGGACCUGUCCACGCCAGACAACCAUCGGACACUACGCAGAACUGGCCUAUCAACAAAAUAUACAGGCGGUCAUAGGACCAGCAUGUUCCCAGUCCUUGGACGCUGUCGGAAGACUAGCCCAGUACCUAAAGAUGCCAAUCAUAAGCGGAGUUGGAGAUCUGAUAAUCCGCACCGGACCUGAAAUGUAUACCACGCUGACUAGAACAUGCUAUAACCUUGGAAAAUUUUCAACUUCCAUUAUGGGUUUGAUGCGGGAGUACAGUUGGCAACACAUUGCCGUCAUAUACGACGUCGAUUACAUCUUCUUCGAGCUUGCAGGCGGCAACCUGGUUCGAGAUUUCCAUAAUGAUGCUUCCUUCCCACGUCCACUUGACCUUCAGUUUCAGGCCUCAAAGCUUGCUGACCCAGGUUCACUUUUGAUCGAAGCCAGCAAGGAAGCAAGGUUCUUGGUGAUUUUCUGUGACGCAGAACUUCUGAGAACAUUCAUGUACCGUGCCUUCCAGUUAGGGAUGGCCAGUGGAGGAUACGUGUUUCUUACCAUGGAACUAUUUCCUAGCGACUGGCUUGGGUACUACACUGAAUUCAUACGCGGUGACUACAUGGACGAAGGAGUGACCAAGGCUUACGAAUCUGUUCUGAUAUUGACACUUAGUCAGCCUAACACUACUGAAUACAACGCCUUUGCGGACGAAGUCAAAAUGAGGGCACUGCGCGAUUAUAACUAUGAUUUCGGAGAACAAACAGUGAAUUAUUUUGUAACAGCCUUCUAUGAAGGUGUGCUGUAUUUAUCCGAAGCCUUUAACAGGACCUUGGCUGAUGGACAGAAUAUAACUGACGGUUUAGCAGUUGCUCAAAAACUCUGGAAUAACACGUAUCCAGGUAUAUCCGGUACGGUGGCUAUUGAUGAGGUCGGUGAUAGAAGAGCGGACUUUGAUUUUCUCGAUAUGACAAAUCCAAGCACAAGGACAUUUCGGUCUGUGGGAACUUUCAUAGGAUCGAGUCUGCUGUAUGUCCCAGUACCUGGGGUGAAUAUCCACUGGCCUAAUGGACUGCCUCUUGAUGAACCUGCCUGUGGCUAUGUAGGGGAGAAGUGUAUUCCUAAAGACAACAACUCAACGCUUAUCCUCGCUGUCUCUUUUAUAUGCAUCAUCCUCGUUGCGGCGGUCAUUACUUUUUUCGUCUACAGAAAACUAAAGUUUGACUCUGAGAUAGGUAAAAAGACGUGGCUCAUACCAUGGGAUGAUGUAAAGAUAUCGAAAAAUGACCAAGGGGGUUCAGUCCUGUCAAAGUCUAGGAUAUCCAUGUUGGCAGCCGAUGGAAAAAUCGACGAUAUUGCCCAACAACAACUCUUUACUGCAGUGGGGCACUGUAAGGGAAAUAUCGUGGCCAUUAGAAACCUUAAAUGUUACAGCAUUGACCUUACUCGUAGCGUUCUAAUGGAGUUUCAUCAGCUUCAAAGUCUGCAUCAUCAGAACUUAGCUAGAUUCACCGGAGCGUGUAUAGAGCCAAGAAAGUGUGCAAUUUUAAUGGAGUACUGUCCACGAGGUAGUCUACAGGACAUUAUUGAGAACGAUGACAUCAACCUUGACUGGACGUUCCGAUAUUCCCUGAUAUGGGACAUCAUUAGGGGUAUGCAGUAUAUUCAGAACAGCGCUCUGAAGUACCACGGACGAUUAAGCAGUACAAACUGUGUGAUAGAUAGUCGAUUCAUGCUAAAACUGACUGACUUCGGUAUACCGACAGUUUUCCACAUAGAACGAUUGGCAGCUAUUAAAGCAAAUGAGACGAAUCAAAAUAAGUUGCUAUGGACAGCCCCCGAGAUACUCCGAUCACACGAUCGGAUUCUACAGAGUCCAUUAAUCUAUCAGAAAGGUGACACCUACAGUUUCGGAAUCAUUCUACAGGAAAUAGUAAUACGGGGCUGCCCAUUUGAUGAGAUGGACUAUUCAACAGAUGAAAUAAUUAAAAAGGUGCAAUCACAUCCUGACAAAAACGUUCCUUUCCGUCCGAUCGUCCCUGUGACGUCAUGCAGCAAAGAGCUCCAUUUCCUCAUGCAGACAUGUUGGUCGGAGGAAUCGGAAGACAGACCUAACUUUGAUACUGUUGCAUCCUCCUUCAAGAAAAUUAAUUCGGGAACAAAAGGCAACAUUAUGGAUAAUUUGAUGAAGAGAAUGGAACAGUACGCCAAUAACCUGGAGAGUCUGGUACAGGAACGGACCAAUGCCUACCUAGAGGAGAAGAAAAAGGCAGUGGAACUUCUUCAUAGGCUAUUACCACCAUCGGUGGCUGACCAAUUGGAAGCUGGCAAUCAAGUACUACCAGAGACCUACAAGUGUGUGACGAUAUACUUCAGCGAUAUUGUAGGGUUUACAACCAUCUCUGCCAUGAGCACUCCACUGGAGGUUAUAGCGUUACUUAAUGAGCUGUACACAGCAUUCGAUACCAUAAUCGACAAGUUCGACGUCUACAAGGUAGAGACGAUUGGAGAUGCAUACAUGGUAGUUUCAGGUCUGCCUAGAAGAAACGGAGACAAGCACGCGGAACAGAUCGCCAGUAUGGCGUGCGAGAUCCGCCAAGCUGUUCUUGGGUUCAAAAUUAGACAUCUCCCUGAAGAAACCUUAAAAAUUCGGAUUGGAUUACAUUCAGGUACAGUGGUGGCCGGAGUAGUUGGCCUGACCAUGCCUCGAUACUGCUUAUUUGGAGAUACGGUGAACACAGCGUCACGGAUGGAAUCCACGUCAGAAGCAUUGCGGAUCCAUAUCUCUAAUCCCACCAAGGUGAUCCUCGAUAAAUUCAACAAGUUCUGGAUCGAAGACCGGGGAGAAAUCAACGUCAAGGGAAAGGGGAUGAUGAACACUUAUUGGCUGAACGAACCGCUGGAAACUUUACUGGAUUAG